GAAUAAAUAAUAUUUAAGCUUGAUGUUCUAGCUAAAAUACGAACAACACAAUUUUCUUGUCUCCUAAGUGAGCUUAAUAGAGACAUUCAAUGCAUUGUGAAGUUGCAGCACUAUGAGAACUUGGAGGAUAUGGUGCAUCAAGCAAAGAAAGUGGAGAGACAACUUGAGAGGAAGCAUUCCUACAAGAAGACCUAUCACUAUGACUCUUCUAGUGGUAAGGACAAGUCCAAGAAGGACGGAUCUUCCCCACCUAAGCAACAAGGUUCAAAAUUUCCAAGUGGUGCAGAUGGCUUCAAUUUGAGGUCAAAUUCACUCAAAGAAAGUGGGCAUAAUGAGGACCAACUUAGGAGCAUGGACCUUGAAGCAGAGAAUGAAUUUAAUGGACCAAUCACAAGAACACAUGCUAAGCAAAUGGUGAAUGAAGUCCACUAUGAAAUGGAAAACGUGAAGACCAAACCUAAAUUGGUCAAUGAUAACUGCUAUGUAUAAGUAUAUUUUGAGAUUAAAUUAUAUGGAAAUUAAUAAUUUUU